CAUCUCUCUCCUUGAGAAAGACUAUAGUUGUUCUUUCAUACCUGGAAACCCUCCUUGGUGGGCAAUGACGACUUUGAGGUCGCUGGUCCCGAGCUGACCCUUGUCAUGUCUGGUCGCUAAAGGACCCACAUAGCUAACGCCCUACCUGCAGCAUUCCACUCCCCCUCCAGAAUCGGCCAUAAAGUCGAGCGCCCCAGCAACCACAGCAGCCCAUUCCUGCCCAUCCAUCCCAUUCUCUGCCGUUCUCAAUCUUCGUCGCCCUCUGACACUUCGGGCCUUACAACAGCAGCCUCUGUGAUACCCUCAGACUCCCGUGUCCUCGAUUCGCGAAGCCUUUCGUUCCCCCUUGUUCGCUCGUUCGCUGGUUGGUUCUUCAAGAUGUGUGGCAUUUUCGGUUACAUCAACUACCUGGUGGAAAAGGACCGGAAGUUCAUCAUCGACACACUCAUCAACGGUCUCUCCCGUCUCGAGUACCGCGGCUACGACUCUGCUGGUCUUGCCGUCGAUGGCGACAAGAAGAGGGAGGUGUUUGCCUUCAAGGAGGUUGGCAAGGUCGCGAAGCUGAAGGCGCUCGUCGACGAGUCCGAGCUCGACCUGACCAAGGUCUUCGAUUCACAUUGCGGCAUUGCCCACACCCGCUGGGCUACUCACGGUCCCCCGUCCCGUAUCAACUGCCACCCCCACAGGUCUGAUCCCAGCUGGGAGUUUACCGUCGUCCACAAUGGUAUCAUCACCAACUACAAGGAGCUGAAGACGCUGCUUGAGAGCAAGGGCUUCCGAUUCGAGACGGAGACCGAUACCGAGUGCAUCGCCAAGCUGGCCAAGUACCUCUACGACCAGCAUCCGAAUGUGGGCUUCACCGACCUGGCCAAGGCCGUGAUCAGCGAGCUUGAGGGCGCCUACGGUCUGCUGAUCAAGAGCGUGCACUACCCCCACGAGGUGAUUGCUGCCCGCAAAGGUUCUCCGCUGGUCAUCGGCGUCAAGACACAGAAGCGCAUGAAGGUCGACUUCGUCGAUGUUGAAUAUGCCGACGAGAACAGCCCGCUGCCGGCCGAGACAGCGUCACAGAAUGUGGCCCUGAAGAAGACGACCGGGUCUAGCGGUCUUCUCUCCCCCAACGGCUUGUUGGGUGCUCCCGACAAGUCCCUCCUCCACCGCUCGCAGUCGCGCGCUUUCAUGACAGACGAUGGCCUGCCCAUGCCCACCGAGUUCUUCUUAUCUUCGGACCCCUCCGCCAUCGUGGAGCACACCAAGAAGGUCAUGUACCUCGAGGACGACGAUAUCGCCCACAUUCAUGAGGGCUCGCUCAACAUCCACCGCCUGAAGAAGGCCGACGGCAGCAGCAAUGUGCGGACGAUUCAGACGCUCGAGCUCGAGCUGCAGGAGAUCAUGAAGGGCAAGUUCGAUCACUUUAUGCAGAAGGAAAUUUUCGAGCAACCCGAAUCCGUCGUCAACACGAUGCGCGGCCGUCUCGACAUCGCCAACAGGACGGUGACGCUGGGUGGUCUCCGGAACUACAUCAGCACCAUCCGUCGGUGCCGCCGCAUCAUCUUCAUCGCCUGCGGUACCUCGUACCACAGCUGCAUGGCUGUCCGCGGCGUCUUUGAAGAGCUGACCGAGAUUCCCAUCGCCGUGGAGCUGGCCUCCGACUUCCUAGAUCGUCAGGCGCCGGUGUUCCGGGACGACACUUGCGUCUUCGUGUCGCAGUCCGGCGAGACGGCCGACUCGCUGAUGGCCCUGAGGUACUGCCUGGAGCGGGGAGCCCUGACCGUUGGCAUCGUGAACGUGGUUGGCUCGAGCAUCUCACUGCUGACGCACUGUGGUGUGCACGUAAACGCUGGCCCCGAGAUCGGCGUUGCUUCGACCAAGGCAUACACCUCGCAGUUCAUCGCCAUGGUCAUGUUCGCCCUGUCGCUCAGCGAGGACCGGGCAUCCAAGCAGAAGCGGCGCGAGGAGAUCAUGGAAGGUCUUAGCAAGAUCAGCGACCAGAUCAAGUCGGUCCUGGAGCAGGAUCAGAAGAUCAAGCAGCUGUGCGAGAAGACGUUCAAGAACCAGAAAAGCCUGCUCCUGCUCGGCCGCGGCAGCCAGUACAGCACAGCGCUGGAGGGUGCCCUGAAGAUCAAGGAAAUCAGCUACCUGCACUGCGAGGCUGUCAUGAGCGGUGAGCUCAAGCACGGCGUGCUCGCGUUGGUGGACGAGAACCUUCCCAUCAUCAUGAUCCUGACGCGUGAUGACCUCUUCAAGAAGAGCCUGAACGCCUACCAACAAGUUGUUGCCCGUGGCGGGAAGCCUAUUGUGAUUUGCAACCCGGGCGAUGAGGAGUUCAGUGCCAACCAGGCUGAGAAGAUCGAGAUCCCCAAGACGGUGGAUGUCCUGCAGGGCAUCCUGAACGUCAUCCCUCUGCAGCUGAUUGCCUACUGGCUCGCUGUGAUGGAGGGUCUCAACGUCGACUUCCCCCGCAACCUUGCCAAGUCGGUGACCGUGGAGUGAAGCAUCAACACAACGGUCUGUGUGGGGUGAUUAAGGUCGUCCGAGCACCCGGGUCGCAGUCUUUCCUGUCUUGGACAAUGAACCUGGCCAUUUUUAUCCAUUGUACUAGAGGUUUAUUGGCUAUCUUACAAUCUAUCCGCUGGUUAGGAAUUACUCGACACAAGAGGGUCAGUGGAACGCCGGCGUCGGCGGAAGGGCCGAUAACGCCGCGGAGGAUCGGGUUCAGGAGGACACGGUUGCCAGGCUGGUUGGUCAGCGAUGGAGCCUACUAUCAGGAACAUAAUGACCAGCAAAGCCACUCGCCGUAGGCAAUAUACUUGUUGCAUGGACAAUC